GGAAGGAAUCCAGCUUCCUCAACUGAGACUCAAACUCUUAAGCAUAGCAUUUGGAUGACAGUCACCAUCAAUUCAUGUGAAUUGUUACUGUUUCUUUCACUUUGGUUGUGGAACUCCUACUAAGGUUCAGAAAACAGGGUUGUGGACAUUUUAUUUGUACGUGAAAUCGUCAUGCCAGUUCCAUGGUGCAGGUGUGAAAAGAUAUACAGUAGCUAUUGUCUUCUUCGCUUGGUGUUCAUAGCAGGUCUUAUUACCACCACGUACAAGGUUCCAAUUAACGUGCAGCCUGUGAACAUCCAAAUCCAUUAUAUUCUGAGCUUAGUAAAGUGAAUGUAAUUGAUUUAAUGUGCUGAAGAAAAGACUGAUCUAGCCCAAGAAUUUUGCAAAAGAUUUGAUUUCAGAGAGGGACUGAAGGGGCAAAUGCAAAAUGUUUCCCUGUAUCCAUGACAGAAACCGAUCUAAGUGUACUUUUGAUUUAAAGGAAAAGUUUACUACAAAUCUGGAGUUAGCCUUAGCACGAAAUACAGUCCAUGCAUUGCAGCAACCCAAAUUCCCUCCUGAAAAAGAAUCCUGGACAAAACAGCCUCCUGACUUUAGCUAUAAACUGUAUAUAACUCCAAGCUUCUUCAAGAAGCCAAGUGGAAAGUCAAAAGAGUUGAAGAAGAAAAUGAAAACUAGCACAGUGCAUGAAGAAUUGAACAGAAUAAGAUCCAGAUUGUUUGUCCAAGUCCUGGAACCAGAGAAACAACCAAAAAUCAUUACAAGGUUUCCACAUGUGGGUCCCUAUGAAGCACAAUUAAUGUUCGUGAAAAUGGGAAAAUUUAAGAGCAGCAAAUACCAAGAUCCCAAACCGUAUGAUUAUAGACAGUAUGAAAAGGAUACACCAAAUUUUGUGACAAGCAUUGCUAAAGAUCCUCUGAAUCUAAAGUUCCGGUCUCAGUGUUUAAGCAAAGUCCAUGGACUGCAUCCCUUGACAGAAGGAAAAAAAAGAUCUAGAUCGAAGGAAACAUUCAUUACCUACAAGGCUAAGGAACUCAAGUGGGAUUCCAAGCUGUUGCUACCAAAGGAGCCUUGGCCUACCAAAUCUGGCUCCUUUACGAGGCACAGAAGCCAACGAGGUGCACACAGCGCCUUUAUAGAACGUGUGGAAGAAACAUUGAGUAAACUAUGGCUGGAAGAGGCAAACGAGAAGAAGGCAGGAAGAAGCAGGAAAAAAGCAGCAGAUGGUCUACAGCGGGAAAGAUCGAGUGCAGCUGUUUCCACUGAGAAAUACCCUGACAUGGAGCUGUGGGCCAAGAGAGAAGAAGGCCUCCAAAAAGGAUGGCUAUCUCAGUCACCAUCAGCAGGACCACCUAUCCGGGGAAUGCCACCAGCACAGGUAUCUCUUUCUCUACAUAUCAAACCAGAACCCUUGGGGUUUUUGCUGCCUACUGGCAUCUCUCAGAGUGUUGAAGAGCUGAGAUGCAAGUAAAGAAGGAAAAUGACAUUUUAUAUAAAUCUUUCUGUGGUAUUAUGGUUGCUACUGUUCUUCAGCAUCUGUUGCAUUCGGAAAUCUGUAGGACCAUGUAUCUUUAUGCCACUGGCUCACUGGCUGUAAUAGUUGUAAAAGAAAAUUAUAUACAAAUGUAACUACCAUGUUAAAUUAUUUUAUUUUUGUAACAUGCAUUACCCACUGGCACUCAGUCAUUUACUUAAAAUAAUACAAUAAAUGUUAU